GGUCAGUCCGGGGCAGCGAUGAGUACGACGCAGGUCUCCCCCGCGGCUGGCUCACUGAUUGGUGCAGGCAACACAGCGUGUGGCAGUUGAUUGGCUGCUGUGGGCCGCGUGUGUGUCCAGUAGGUUAGGGUGCGAGUGAGGGGCGCUGAGGGGAUCGGAGUGGAGCCUGUGGGGGACGCGGGGCGCCCGUCCGGAGGAUGGUCCCCGCGGUGGGGCUGCCGAGUCUGCCCUGCCCGCCGUAACAAAAAAAAGUUAAGCAUAAGAAGUCUUCCAGUGGAACCUGAUGUGUCUGGAUCAGAAACUGAUGUGAGGUGAAGCUGAGAGGAGUCUGAGAAUUCAUGUGAAGAAUUCCAGCUACAGGCCCUUCUCUCUGAAACCAUGCCAGAGAUGACAGAGAAUGAGACUCCUAUGAAGAAACAGCACCGAAAGAAAAACCGGGAGACACACAAUGCAGUGGAGAGACAUCGAAAGAAGAAGAUCAAUGCUGGGAUAAACCGAAUUGGAGAGCUCAUUCCAUGUUCCCCAGCACUUAAGCAAAGUAAGAACAUGAUCCUGGAUCAGGCCUUUAAAUAUAUAACAGAAAUGAAAAGGCAAAAUGAUGAACUCCUGUUGAAUGGAGGGAACAAUGAACAAGCUGAAGAGAUAAAAAAGCUCCGGAAACAGUUGGAUGAACUCCAGAAGGAAAAUGGGCGAUACAUAGAACUACUGAAAGCAAAUGACAUUUGCCUGUACGAUGAUCCCACAAUUCACUGGAAAGGGAAUCUCAAAAGUGCAAAGGUCUCUGUUGUUAUUCCUAGCGAUCAGGUUCAAAAGAACAUCAUUGUCUAUUCAAAUGGGAGUCAACCUGGUGGAAAUAACCAGGGGGCAUCUGUCCAGGGAAUAACUUUUAAUGUUGGUCAUAACUUACAAAAACAAACUGCCAAUGUUGUACCAGUUCAGAGAACUUGCAACUUAGUGACUCCUGUGACCAUUUCUGGUGUUUACCCCACAGAAAACAAGCCAUGGUCUCAGACCACAGUUUCUCCAUUGGCGUCCAAUCAACCAGUUCCUGCUGAGAAUAUUCUUGAGCUUUCCACCUCAGAGAAUGAGCAGGACAUGCUUACCUCUGCUACUGCAAGCUCACAGAAUGCUUCUCAAUCUGGGACAGAACAAGAAUUACAGUGUUCCUCAAGUAGCACACCACAGAAUGAUCAAAAUGUCCCCAAAAUUAAAAAUGGACAAGAAUGCACCAAGUUAAUGAAAAAAACAAUCAUGCAUGGCAUCAGCAUUCCUUCUAACACCACCGUAGAGGCCUCUCAAGUUCAACAGGUGAAUGUGACCUCUUCAAGCAUACAGGAUCCUAGAAGUGAAUUUCAAGAAAGGUUUGUCGUUUCAGCAACUGAUACCACUUGUACCCCAUCUGUGAGACUCUCCAUUGUGGAUAGCCUCUCUUCAGUAAACAUCCUCAAAAGUACAGACUUAUUAAGUAGUGCUGGGGUGCCUGUGACUUCUGCAAUAGAAACUGUUAAGGCUGUAACAGCAAUAAGCACACUGCCUGCUGGUCCAUUAGACAACUGUUGGUCUUUUUCAGGCUCCUCAGGUGUUGGCACUUCUGAUUUGAAAAACAUGAGUAGCCUUACACGGAUCCCUUCAGCUGGAAUUACACAAACCACAUGGACUACUUUGCAGCUAGCAGGAAACACCGUUCAGCCACUAACCCAGACACCAUCCAGUGUUAUGACUGCAUUGUUAAACGAGCCAGUUAAUGGUGCUGGUACCAUAUCUUCCACCCAGAACAGACAUUUAGCUCCAAGCAUCAGUUUGAAUACUUCUGUGCCUGGAGAUGGGCAGGCAGCUGAAGAAAUUGUUGUUACCUUGCCCUCUUGCCCAUCUGUACCUAUGCAGCCAUUAAUCACUCAACCACAGGUUAAAACACAGCCUGCUGGAAACAUCUUUCCAUUGAAUUCAGCUAUGCAGGUAAUUCAGAUGGCUCAGACAAUUGGGUCAGCUGUUACUGCGGUACCAGCUAAUCAGAAUGUCAUAAUUCUCCAGCCUCCUAACACCACGCCAUGUCCCCCAGUGGUGAGAGCUGAAGUCCCCAGCCAAACCGUUGGUCAACAGAUUGUAAUUAUACAAGCAGCUAAUCAGAAUUCUCUUCCUCUCCUCUCUGCACAGCCCCCUGGUUCUCUCAGAGUUCCUGUGAAUGGAGCCAGUCCAAUAGCAAGCUCUAACAGCUCUGUGCAAAAUACCUCUGCUCCACAAACUUUUGGAGGGAAACAUCUUGUCCAUAUAUUACCAAGACCACCUUCUUUACCAUCUUCUAGUGCUACACAAACUUUUUCAGUUACAAUGUCAAAUCAACAACAGCCUCAGACUAUUUCUUUAAAUGGACAGCUGUUUGCAUUGCAGCCUAUGAUGUCCUCAUCUGGAGCUUCAAAUCAAGCCCCUAUGCAAAUUAUUCAACCUACCACUAGCGAAGAUCCGAAUACCAAUGUUGCCCUCAAUACAUUUGGUGCUUUAGCUAACCUCAAUCAGAGCAUAUCACAAAUGGCUGGGCAAAGCUGUUUACAGCUGUCCCUUAGUCAGCCUACUAAUCCAACAACUGCCAGCAGCCAGAUUGCCCCAAUUAACGGUGUUUCAUUACCAACUUCUGCAGCAUCUUCCAUAGCUACUGAAAGUUCAACAGUGUUAUCCAGUGCUUCUAAUUCUAUAAACACUUCUCCAAAAAAAGCUUCUGCGGGUUUGCCAUCAAACAUAAAAUCAAAAAGGACAAACAAAAAGACAAGUACUAAAAAACAUUUAGCAGCCAACAGCAAAGUAUCAUGUCCAGUGAAUCCUUGCAGAGAUGCAGGGAAGCUUGAUUGCACUACUGUGGAAGCUACAGCAGAGCAUUCAAAUGGUGAAGGACUGCUUGAAAACAUGUCUGUAGUAUCACAAGCAAACAGCAUGGCAGCACCAACUGAUUUAAGCAUUUCUGACUGUCAAUCCAAAGAGACUCUGAGUUCUGAACAGAUGGUGAGUUUACCAGAGCUGAGUUCAACAGAGGUACCGAGUUCAUCACCGCUAGAAUCUGUGAUGUCAGAACAGUUUGUACUGGUUCCAUCAAGUUCCAAAGAUUCCACUGCUCUUCUGCAAACAUCUCGGAAUAACCCGUUACCUGACUCUAUGUUGCCAGAAUCUUCCAAAUCGUGUGUUACCACCAGCAUCUCAAUGUCCUCUGCCACUGAAACACAUGUGACAAUUUCUCAGGUUUCUGGGGCAUCAGCACCACAAAACAGUGUAACGACAGACCAUGCUUCUGAGGCAGAAAGCAUUUCAGAGACCUGCGGUGUUGGGCAAGACUCAUCAAUUGUGAUGCAAACCACAGACUUGUUAGAGGGACAAGGUCUAACCAAAAUGCUGUCUGACCUUACUAAAGAAAGAACAGCGAUGCUAAAACCCUCCUUUUCGCUUCAGGUGGAACAUUCUGAUUUCCCCCCAGAAAACUCCAAAACAAUAAAAUCAAAUGUUGAUUUGCCUGAGAAGCAGGAACUUUUGUUAAUGAACACUGAAGGUGACACUCUCAUGCAACAUCAUUCCUGCAUUUCCGAUCAAGAGGUUGUUAGUGGUUCUCUUAUUGCUAGCAGGCAGGCGGACUCUCCAAUGUCAACUAGCUCUGGGAGUAGUCGUGGCUUCUCAGUUGCAUCCAUGUUGCCAGACACAUCUAGGGAAGAUGUUACCAGCAGCACAUCAACAAAUACAUGUAACAGUUGCACUUUUUCAGAGCAAACUGACAUUGUAGCUCUUGCAGCAAGAGCUAUUUUUGACCAAGAGAACCUUGAAAAAAGUGGAGGGGGAAUACAAGUUAAUUUAAGGGAUGCUGCCGCUAAGUCUUCUGAAGUUGCACCUUUGGAAAGUGAGCAGCAGCUUUUUAAACCACAAACAGUCAAAGCUAAUGUAAGACAGCUGGAAGCAGCACCAAACAAAUUCCAUGCUCAGGAUCCAGUGCAAGCAAAUGUUGAUAGACCAGUGGAAAAACCAAGCUGUUCUGUAGGAGUGGAAACAUCAAAUACUGUACAGAUUUCAACUUCCCAGUCACCAAAUGUAACCAGUUUAAGUGUAAAUAAUCUCAUACAUCAAAGUCGCAUCAUCCACCCCCUUGUAAGUUGUUCAGGUUUAUCCCAGCCUUCAGAGCAAGCAGCUGUUCCCGCCACAGGGAUUCGGUCCAUAUCAUCUAGUUCCUAUGUCAGUCAAUCUCCGGGAUCAGCUAUGAUGACUGAAUAUGCUCAAGAUCAACUGAGUGCUAUUAGGGCAAACACCAUGCAGGCUCCACAGAUGCAGGAACCACACUUAAAGCAGCAAAACCAUGAAAGUCGCAAAGACUCUGCUAAACGUGCUGUCCAAGAGGACCUUCUGCUUUCUUCAGCGAAGAGGCAGAAGCAGUGUCAGACAACGCCUGUCAGGCUUGAAGACGUGGCAUUGACGAACCGAACACCAGACAGUAUUGCUGACCAAACUCAAAUGUUGGUUAGUCAGAUCCCUCCUAAUUCAUCCAAUCCAGUUGUGUUAGUGAGCAAUCAAGGGCACACAGAUGGUCUUAACAGAUUAUUCCCAUCCAACAACAACUUUGUGACCUCUGCUUUGAGGCAAACUGAAGUUCAGUGCAGUUCUCAGCCAUCCAUUUCAGAGCAGCAAGGUCAGACUGGAGGUCAGCAUCUGCAAGCUAUACAACAUGUACCUGCUCAAGGCGUAUCUCAUCUUCACAGUAACCACCCAUACUUAAAACAACAGCAGGCUGGACAGUUAAGAGAGAGGCAUCACUUAUAUCAGCUACAGCACCAUGUUCCUCAUGCAGAGAGCUCAGUCCAUUCUCAAUCCCACAGUGUCCACCAACAAAGAGCAAUACAGCAAGAGGUACAAAUGCAAAAGAAACGAAGCCUUGUCCAGGGAACCCAAGCCAGUCAACUUUCUUUACAGCAGAAGCAUCAUGGAAAUGAUCAAACUCGGCAAAAAAGUGGACAGCCUCAUCCCCACCACCAGCAAAUACAGCAGCAAAUGCAGCAGCACUUUGGAGCUUCCCAACCUGAAAAGAACUGUGAAAACCCUUCAACAAGCAGAAACCAUCAUAACCAUCCUCAGAGCCAUCUAAAUCAGGAUAUUAUGCAUCAUCAGCAACAGGAUGUUGGCAACAGACAGCAAGGCUCAGGGGUUUCAUCCGAACACGUAUCUGGACAUAAUCAGAUGCAGAGACUUCUGACCGCCAGGGGCUUGGAGCAACAAAUGGUGUCCCAGCCAAGUAUUGUAACUAGGCCAUCAGAUAUGGCCUGUGCCCCACACAGACAAGAAAGAAACAGAGUUUCUAGUUACUCUGCAGAGGCACUUAUUGGGAAGACGCCUUCUAAUUCAGAACAGAGAAUAGGGAUAUCCCUUCAAGGCUCUAGGGUUCCAGACCAGCUUGAAAUGAGAAGUUACCUUGAUGUGUCUAGGAAUAAAGGUUUGGUAAUUCAUAACAUGCAGAGUCGUAUAUCUGUAGACCAUGCGGUUGGCUCAGAAGUUCAACGGCUUUCUGAUUGUCAGACAUUCAAACCAAAUGGGGCCAGCCAACAGCCAACAGGCAAUUUUGAUGUACAGGCCUCAAGAAAUAGUGAAAUUGGUAACUCUGUAUCAUCCCUCAGGGGCAUGCAAUCACAAGCUUUUCGAAUUAGUCAAAAUACUGGGCCACCCAUAGAGAGACAAAAGAGAUUGCCCUAUCAACCGGUUCGGGGUAUUCCAACGGGAAAUGCUCUUCCGCCAAGGGACAAUGAAAAUUCAUGCCACCAAAGUUUUAUGCAGAGUUUACUUGCCCCUCACCUUGGAGAUCAGGUUAGUGGAAGCCAAAGAUCAAUUUCGGAACAUCAGAGGAAUACACAGUGCAGUGCAUCCUCCACAAUUGAAUAUAAUUGUCCCCCAGCACGAGAGACCGUCCACAUUCGAAGAGAUGGUGAAGGUCAGAAUAGAGAAAGUUGUGACAUGUCUAUGGGUACAAUUAAUACUAGGAAUAGUUCUUUAAAUAUUCCUUUUUCAAGUUCUUCCUCCUCAGGAGAUAUUCAAGGUCGAAACACAAGCCCAAAUAUUUCUGUACAGAAGUCCAAUCCCAUGAGAAUGACUGACAGUCAUGGAACCAAGAGCCACAUGAAUACACCUGUUUCUAGCAACAUGCAUGGAGUUGUCCGUCCAGCUCUCCCACACCCUGCUAUCUCUCAUGGGAAUGCUGAGCAAGGGCAACCAUCUGUUCGUCAGCCAAAUUCUUCAGUUACUCAGCGAUCAAGGCAUCCUCUGCAGGAUAAUAGUGGUUCUAAAAUCCGCCAGCCUGAAAGGAAUCGAACUGGAAAUCAAAGACAUGGAAAUGUAUUUGACCCUAGUCUGCCCCAUCUUCCCUUGUCUACCGGUGGCAGUAUGAUCCUUGGGCGCCAACAGUCUACAAUAGAAAAAAGAGGCAGCAUUGUCCGUUUUAUGUCUGAUGGCCCUCAAGUGUCUAAUGAUAAUGCAGCCCCUGACCAGCAUGCUUUGUCUCAAAAUUUUGGAUUCCCUUUUAUUCCAGAGGGUAGUAUGAAUCCACCAAUAAAUGCCAAUACUUCUUUCAUUCCACCGGUUACUCAGCCUAGUGCCACUCGAACACCAGCCCUAAUCCCAGUAGAUCCUCAAAAUACACUGCCAUCUUUCUAUCCGUCUUAUUCUCCUGCUCAUCCUACUCUGUCCAAUGACAUUUCUAUCCCUUACUUUCCCAAUCAAAUGUUUCCUAAUCCAAGCACAGAAAAGCCCAGUAGCGGAGGUUUAAACAAUCGAUUUGGAUCCAUUUUAUCUCCUCCCAGACCAGUUGGUUUUGCCCAGCCAAGUUUUCCUCUUCUCCCAGAUAUGCCGCCAAUGCACAUGACCAAUACGUCACACUUAUCCAAUUUUAACUUGACAUCUUUGUUUCCAGAAAUAGCCACAGCUCUUCCUCCAGAUGGUUCGGCAAUGUCGCCUUUGCUUUCAAUAGCAAACACGUCAGCUUCAGAUUCUUCCAAGCAAUCCUCAAACCGACCUGCCCACAACAUAAGCCAUAUUCUAGGUCAUGAUUGUAGUUCAGCUGUAUGAAAAUUAAUAGACUGACGUUUAGUCUGAGGGGUUAUGUUUAUAUUAAAAAAAAAAAGGCAUCCUUGAAGAGACCAUUCAUAGCAUCACUGUUUGUCUAAAAGUAUGUAUAUAUGUGGGUACUUCUGUAUUAAUAUACAUACUGUAUAUCCACCCACUUACUAACUUUAAAGCACCAGUGCCUAUAGCAAUUCUUAUUAACAGUAAGAAUGCAACACCUAGAGCUGUGCAAAUAUUGAAUGUUGAUUUUACAGCAUUCAAAAAUCUGAUCGUUCCAGAAUAACCGACACUUUUUCAGCUCUUGGAUCUAAAGUACCAAGUAAAACAUUAGCCUUGUGGGAGAUGAGACUGGAGGAAAUAAGUGCUUGAGUUUUUAUUUUAAUUCUUGGUUAAUUAACUUGUCCAGAAGAUAAAGUGAACUGUUUAGAAGUUGGGUUUGUUUGUUUUUGUAAAGUAUCUUAAAGAGCCUCGCACAUACCUGGUCUUUAAGUCAAGUUGGUAUCAAGCCAGUUUUAGUUGAUAAAGACAUUGGCUUUUUGUCUGUUAAAGCUUGUGACAUACAUUCUAAUCUUGAGUUAAUCAGGUAAAAAUCUGUGUGUAUGUUUCCAGGGUCAGCUUCUGAGCAGCAGUAAAACAUUUGUUAUUUUAAAACAUUGUUUCCCUUAAAACAUGAUUUGCUGUCACUUUCUGUGGAGAAGAAUUUUAUUCAGAUUUGUAUGUGGAACGGCAUCAGCUCCUGCUGAACAGUGUAUAGAGUUUUUUAAUAUAAUUUAUUACCCCUUUUAGUGUAAUCAACAUAGACACAGCCGGCAUCUGUCAGUUGUUUGUAUGCUGCAAGUUACCUCAAGGUAUCUUCCCUAUACCUUGUUUAGCACUUUCUUUGAGUCUUUUUUCCCCCUUGUAAUCCAUGUCCUUGCAUCUAUGUCCGCUUUCCUCCAUUCUUUGGAUUAAGGACCCUUCCUGUAAUUCACAGCAAAUGGGCAAACUACUAUGCCUACAUGGAACCCCAGUGAAGGUAAAAGGGCUCCCCUGUGGACACAGCAAUCUGCCCACUCACUGUCAAUGGCAGGAUCAAGGCCUAAUUUAAUAUUAAUACUUUGCACUUAAAUAGCACCUUUUAGCUAACCCAGUGUGAUUGUGGGUGGGGCAGAGAGAUGAAUGUGUCAAUUUUUAAACACACAGCAUAUAGGGAAAUUCUUUCUGAUUUGUGGGGGAGAGCGAGAGGGACAUGUUUACUGAUUUUGUUUUGAUUUUCUUUUAAUAUUUGCAAAAGAAUUGUACACUGUUUGGUCCCAUUUCAUUAAGUGAAAAUGAGGAUGGACCUAGGUAAGUGGUAUUUAUUUAGUGACUACUGCAACAUAAUUAUCUUGAAGGAAGGCAGAAGUCUUUUUUUGUAUUCAUCCAAAACCAUCACUCCAGAUUUUUCUUAUUUUUGCUUCCACCAGCCCUCCUAUCCCUAUCUCCCUAAACUAUAGGAUCAUGCUCGGGCCACAAUGAGGGGUAACAGCCAGAAUUUCUCUGAGGCAUCCUUCCUGUGCAGACCAGGUGCAGGCAAAAUGCUUCAAGCAGCACUAGGUGUACUGAGCUGUAGAGUGCUCUAUGCCUGUAUCUUUAUUCCCACUCAUCAUUCUGCUCCUGAAAGCUGCAGCAUGAUCUCCUCCUGUGCCUGCUGCCAAAUGCUUGAGGGAUGGGGGAGGCCAGGCCACACUCCAUUGUGGCUAUGAACCAUCACAGCCUAGUCCAUUCUCAUUUGUGGAUGUGCUUGAAAAAAGGAGUCUCUUUGUUCACCCCCAGCUGUGGGCCCACAUGGAUGUAGCCAGUUUUGUUGGUAGACUGAGGACCUGAUUCUCAUAUACAGUAGGCCUCUUUGCGCUGCUCUGGCAGAGUAAAGGAGCCUUAAAGUGGACGCGAAUGUAAGGAGACCUUAGUGUAUAUGAGAAUCAGGCCCUGUGUCUAUAAUUUGUCCUGAGGGUGAUUUCAGUGGUAACACUAUAUAUGGCCUGGUAUGAAUGGCUGUGCUUCAGCCUGCAAAGUAAAGGGAAAUGUCUCAAACUUGGAAUCCCAUUCUAAUUCAAAUGGGAAGUAUCUCGAGGGAACUGAACGUAUUUGGUGUUUCAAGUUUCAAUGUUUGUCAGAAGCAACGAAUGAAAUAAAAAUCGCAAAAGUUUAUUUAUGUUUUUGUUCCAUUUUCAGGUUACACUGAAAGGUAGAACCUAUGAGAGGUCAGUGCCACAGCCUGAGGCAACUGGUUUAUGCAGAAUGAUAGGGGUAGGAAUUGCCACCAGUUUCAGCUUUGUGACUAACUGGACAUCCUAAGGGCUUUAUGAGGUUCAGCUAAUCACUGUUUGUCUGUAGUUUUCAAAUACUGUAUUGUCCCAUGAGGGCUGCCUUGUGCCGUGGGACAAGUUCCAUAAUGUUGAACAGUGCCAUUGGGCCUGCUUCAUGAAGUCAGGAGAACUGAGACAGCUUAUAUAGGCAUUUAUACCUGUGAGAAGUGAGUGUAAAACACAGCCAUGCUGAUGUGGUAGUAUUUUGCACUCACAAAUGUAAGUGGCUACACAAGAGAGAAAGCAGUGGAUGAUUGGGUCACAGUUCAUAAAAUGAGAUUAAUUAAAAAAAAAAAAAAGUUCCUAGGUGUUUCUUUAUUCCCACUCAUCAUUCCAU